CGCUCGAGCCUGUUUUUCCUCCAUUCUUCCUCCAGCAUCCUCCACAACGCUCUCUCUCUCACAACCAGCAUCUUCAGAGUCAGCAAUACCACUUUUACCUCUACUCAGAUAUCCUAGCACAACACAUUCCCAUUUUUUUUUACUACCAGUCCAAUCAUCAAAUUCACAAUGGCCGUAGCACUACCACACCACUCCAAGUCGUCCUCGCCGCGCAAGGUCGUCUACCUGCUGCCACUAACCGACUAUGGCUGCCCAGACGUGGCCGGCACCUACAUCUACAUGCCCCCGCCCACCGACCCAGCAUACUCAAUCUGCUUCCAGAUCCAGGGUACCAGCUCGAUAUGUCGCGAGGGCAGUCUUUGGGUGAACAUUCCCGCCAAAGGCAAGAAGUUUGAGCGCAGCAACUACCGCGAGUACAAACUGCAGCCAAACUUCACGGGCUUGUGCGAGAUUGAGAUCCCGAUAUACGAAGCCAAUGCCUUCUCCUUUUAUACAACCUAUUCGCCGCUGCCCCAGUGGUCCUUCACAGACGUUGCCUCGCCGAAGCCCACGCGGACAGACACAUACUACAUUGACGUAUGUCCAAGCCUCCGGCUGAAGGGCGAGCACUUGCCGGUCGAGGCUGUCUGCAUCUUCUCCACCUUGUCCAAGUUCAUGGGCAACUACCCCACCGACUGGGAUAAUCACCUUCGCGGUAUCGGCCAGCGUGGUUACAACAUGGUGCAUUUCACACCGCUUAUGAUGCGGGGUUCUUCAAACUCGCCGUACAGCAUAUAUGACCAGCUGAAGUUCGACGAUGCUAUCUUCAAGAAUGGCGAGCAGGACAUCGCCGACAUGGUCCAGAAGAUGCACAGCGAGUUCAAUCUGCUGGCCAUGACCGAUGUUGUCUGGAACCACACGGCCAACAACAGCCCAUGGCUCGAGGAACAUCCCGAAGCGGGCUACAAUGUCGACACUGCUCCCCACCUCCGACCAGCUUUCGAGCUCGAUACGGCACUACUGCAGUUUGGCCAAGAGCUUGGCGAGCGCGGCCUACCCACAACCUUCAACAAUGAAGCGGACCUCCUGAAGGUCAUGCAAGGCAUCAAGGCACACGUCCUUAGCAAGGUCAAGCUAUGGGAAUUCUACGUCCUCGACGUUGAACGAGACACAAAAGCCACCAUGGAGGCUUGGAUAUCUGGCCAAGUCAACUUCGUUGAUGGCAGCUUUAGUGAAGCAGGUCUUCGCGGGCUCGAUGCUGUCAAGGACUGGCCGUUGAAGCAAAAGGCAGACUGGCUGGUUGAGCAUGCUCUGCGCGGCGGUGACCGCAUGGGCGAACGAUUCCGCCGCACAAUGGACCCAAACAUCAGUGCUAGCCUUCUCUGUGCUCUCUUCGGCCGCUUCGAUACUCGCACCAGCGACAAACCAGAUGAGCGUGCAGCUCAAGGUACAAUGACUGCCAUCUUCAACGAGGUCAACCUUCCGUUUUACCGCGAGUAUGACGGAGACCAAUCAGAGAUUCUUGAACAGCUCUUCAACCGCAUCAAGUAUGUGCGGAUAGAUGCCCACGGUCCUAAGCUUGGAGAGGUCAACGACGCAAACCCACUCAUCGAGACCUACUUCACACGGCUGCCGCUCAAUGACACCACAAAGAAGCACAACCCAGAGGCUCUCGCGUUGGUAAACAAUGGUUGGGUCUGGGCUGCGGAUGCUAUGCGGGAUAACGCCGGACCCAAGUCUCGCGCUUACCUGAGGCGAGAGGUCAUUGUCUGGGGCGACUGCGUCAAGCUUCGCUACGGAAAUGGCCCAGAGGAUAAUCCCUUCCUCUGGGAACACAUGGCCAAGUACACGCGGCUGAUGGCCAAGUACUUCCAAGGCUUCCGAAUCGACAACUGCCAUUCCACUCCUAUACAUCUCGCAGAAUACAUGCUGGACCAAGCACGAAGCGUCAACUCAAACAUAAUGGUUUGUGCCGAACUCUUCACUGGCUCAGAAGAGAUGGACUACAAGUUUUGCAUGAAGCUCGGCAUCUGUGCGCUCAUUCGAGAGGCCAUGCAGUCGUGGAGCACCCAAGAGAUGAGCAGGCUUGUUCACCGUCACGGUGGUGUUCCUAUCGGCAGCUUUGAAACUGAUGAGGUCAUGAACGCAGCUCAGGCAACCGAUGGAGCAGACCAAACUAAACCAAUCAUCAAGAAGAUCAAGCGCAGUCCUGUCCAUGCGCUUUUCAUGGACUGUACACACGACAACGAAACACCAGCUCAGAAGCGGGAUGCUCGCGACACUCUUCCAAGUGCUGCCCUUGUUGCCAUGUGCGACUGCGCAACUGGCAGCGUUUUCGGAUUCGAUGAAGUUUACCCAGAGCUGAUUGAGCUUGUGCACGAGAAGCGACUUUACUCCUCGGCCAACUCCACUGGCGGCCCGAUCAAACCACAGGCUGGAGAGGGCGGAAUUGGUGGUAUCCGCAAGAUCAUCAAUGAGAUCCAUGUGAAGAUGGGCAAGGAGGAGUACAAUGAGACGUACAUCCACCACGACAACGAGUACAUCACAGUCCACCGCGUCAACCCUCACACCAGGAAGGGAUACUUCCUCAUCGCCCAUACCGCAUUCCCUGGUUACGGUAACGGUAACGGAGGCUUCGGAAAGACCAACCUCCCGGGUACCCAGGCAAAGCUCAUCGGCGCUUGGAACUUGGAGGUCGAUGAUAGCCCAGAGACGAAAGCCCGUAUCAUCGGCGACAAGACGACCUUGCGCGGUUUGCCCAGCAAAACGAACAAUCUCCAGGGUGUGAACAUCGAGUCAUCUGGUGACGAUACCACCAUCACUAUCCCUGACAAGUUUCCCCCCGGCAGUAUCGCGCUAUUCGAAACCUGGGUGCCGAGUGCUGAGCACGCCGAUGGUCUCGACAAAUUUGUUACCAGCGGUGGGCGUGCGGCUUUCAGCGGUGUCAACCUGACCGAUCUGAACUAUAUCCUGUAUAGAUGUGAAGAAGAAGAGAGGGACGCUACCGAUCACAAGGACGGAACCUACAACAUCCCCGGCCACGGCAACCUUGUAUACGCUGGUCUGCAAGGCUGGUGGAGUGUACUCCGCGACAUUGUCAACGACAACAACCUUGGACACCCACUCUGCAACCAUCUCCGUGAGGGUCAAUGGGCACUCGAUUACUGUCUUGGCCGUCUUGAGCACAUCUCGCAGAAGGAGAAGUACGCCAACAUCAAGGGUCCUGCCAAGUGGCUCAAGUCCAAGUUCGAUGCCAUCCGCAAGGUCCCUAGCUACAUGCUUCCGCGAUACUUUGCUCUAGUCAUCCAGACUGCGUACAACGCCGCAGUUGAUCGAGCAAUUGAGUUGAUGGGUGAGAACGUCCGCGAGGGCAACCAGUUCCUGAAGAGUCUGGCACUUGUAAGCUGUCAAGUUACGGGUUACAUGAACAGCGCCUCGCUGUGGCCAGAAAAGAGUGUUCCCAGCAUGGCUGCCGGUCUUCCUCACUUUGCAUACGAUUGGGCGCGAUGCUGGGGUCGUGACAUCACCAUCUCAGCCCGCGGUCUCUACAUGGGAACCGGCAGGUAUGCUGAUGCCAAGGAGCACAUCUUUGCCUUUGCCAGUGUUCUCAAGCAUGGCAUGGUUCCUAAUCUUCUUGGUGGCGGCAAAAACCCGCGCUACAACUCUCGCGACUCGGUCUGGUGGUUCCUCCAGAACAUUCAAGACUACACCAAGAUUGUACCAAACGGCAUGGAGCUCCUGAAGGAACAGGUCAAGCGACGGUUCCUCCCCUACGAUGACACUUGGUUCGCCCAUACCGACAAGCAGGCCUACUCCAAGUCUUCUUCGAUCGAAGACGUCAUCCAGGAGGCCCUCCAGCGACAUGCUUCCGGCAUAGAAUUUCGCGAGUACGAUGCGGGCCCGAACAUCGACAGCCAAAUGAAAUCAGAAGGCUUCAACAUCAAGAUCUGGACUGACUGGGAGACUGGUCUAAUCUUUGGAGGCAACCAGUGGAACUGCGGUACAUGGAUGGACAAGAUGGGUGAAAGUGAGAAGGCGGGCAGCAAGGGCGUUCCUGGAACACCGCGAGACGGUGCCCCGGUCGAGAUCAUCGGCAUGCUCUACAGCACAGUACGCUGGUGCGCCAACAUGUACGAAGCUGGCCAGUUCAAGUAUGAAGGUGUAACACUCGAUGACGGCAAGAAGACGGUCACAUACAAGGAGUGGGCCGAUUUGAUCAAAGCCAACUUCGAGCGAUGCUUCUAUGUUCCCCGGUCUGCCGAGGAAGACAGCAAGUACGAUGUCAACUCGGCUAUUGUCAACCGCCGGGGCAUUUACAAGGAUUUGUACCGCUCAGGCAAAGAGUACGAGGACUACCAGCUGAGGCCCAACUUCCCUGUUACCAUGACGGUUGCGCCAGACCUCUUCGAACCAGAACAUGCUCUGUACGCUCUGCAGAUGGCCGACAGGGUCCUGCUCGGACCUCAGGGCAUGAAGACCCUGGAUCCCUCCGACCUCAACUACCGCGGGUACUACAUCAACAGCGAAGACUCGACCGACUUCCAUACCUCAAAGGGCCGCAACUACCACCAAGGACCAGAAUGGGUGUGGCCCACGGGCUUCUUCCUCCGAGCCCUACUCAAGUUCGAUCUCCAGCGCCGCAAGACCCCCGAAGAGCGCAUCGAGAGCUACCAACAAGUCACUCGUCGUCUCGCUGGUUGCAUGAAGGCGAUUCAAGAGUCUCCUUGGGCUGGCCUCACGGAGUUGACCAACAAGGACGGUGCCUUCUGUGGCGACUCAUGCCCAACGCAGAGUUGGAGUGCUAGCUGCAUUAUCGACUUGUUCCAGGAUGCGCGCGAGUACGAGAUGGAAGGUUCGGGUACCGGGGCCAGCAAGAAGGAGUCCUCAUCAUAGACUGGUGUGCUUGGCGAAAACGUAAAGUUUCUGUUGCCUAAGCUGGAGACAAAGCGUUUGUGACUGGGAUUGUUCGUUCAGGCAUGGGGUGGUGUGGAGUAGUAGAGUGACUAGACUGUUGUAGAUACCUAGAACUGACGAUAAAUUCGACCAUGAUACAUUCUUCAUUCAAACCUUCUUACCCA